AUGAGGAUCGAGACGUGCCACCUGUGUUCCCGUCCCGUCUACCCCUCCAAGGGCAUCACGUUCGUGCGCAACGACGCCAAAGUGUUCCGAUUCUGCCGGUCCAAAUGCCACAAGAACUUCAAGAUGAAGCGCCAGCCGCGCAAGCUCAAGUGGACCAAGACGCACCGGGCGCUGCGGGGCAAGGAGAUGAUCGUCGACCAGAACCUGCUGCUGUCGCAGUUUGCAAAGAGGCGCAACGCCCCCGUCAAGUACGACCGGAACCUGGUCCAGGCGACCAUGCGGGCCAUGGAGAGGAUCGAGGAGAUCCGCGCGCGCAGGGAGCGCGUCUACACCCGGCGGAGGCUGAGCGGCAAGGCGCAGCGCGACGCGCGGCGCAGGCAGGACCUCAAGGUCGUCGCCCAGGGCGAGCACCUCAUCAAGAAGGAGUUGGCCGAUCUCGAGGCCGCGCGCGCCGAGAUGGAGCCCAUGGUCGAACAGGUCAAGAGGGAUUUGGAGACCAGCAGGGUCGUCGGGGAGGAGCGUCUCAGACAGAAGAGGAAGAGGAAGAUGCUGGUCGGUGGUGGCACCGAGGAAGACAUGGAUCUGGAUUGA